AUGGACACACAGAAUGCAAAACCUCACAUUGCAAUAAUCGGCGGAGGCAUUGCCGGUCUUGCACUUGGCAUUGGCCUCAGCCGCCGAAACGUCUCCUUCACCAUCUACGAAGCCACACUUGAGCUGAAUGCCAUUGGGGCGGGCAUUACACUGGGACCCAACACGACGAGGGCAAUGGCACUCAUCGACCCGAAGUUGUGGGAGGGCUAUGACAAAAUCUCCAUCAAGAACCAAUCCCCGGAGAAGCAGCACAACUUUGCAGACUUUUUGCUUGCUGAGCCCGGAUUUGGCAGCCAUCGAGGGUUCAACGGCGUGGCAGUUGGAUCGGAGGACUUCGUUAGGAGUGGCGCUCAUCGAAGAGACUUGCUGGAAUUGAUGAAGAGCUUGCUAUCGAUCAAUGACUCUCUAAAGUUCGGCAUGCGAGCUGUCAACGUACGUCACGUUGGGCAAAGAGUCAAAGUUGACUUUGAAGAUGGACACUCCGUGGAAGUAGAUGCGGUUGUUGGGUGUGAUGGAGGCAAAGGUAUCACUCGAAAGGCGGUUCUGCAAGAUAAGUUCCCGGAUCAGGUCCAGUUGACAUAUAGUGGUCGCUAUGUGUAUCGAGGGUUAGUUCCGCCGGGUGAAGCACAACGCAUUCUGGGCGACUAUGCGGACGAUAGCAAAAUAUUUAUAGACCGGGGCCGGUACUUUGCAGCAUAUCCUCUGACAAAUGGCGGCUUCAACUUCCUCGGGGGAAGGCAGAUGAAUGAGGAAUGGACAUAUUCUCAUUCAACUCAAGAAGUAAGCAAGGAUGCUAUGGUCGCCGACUUUGAGGGCUGCGAUCCCAGGCUCCUUCAGCUGCUUGAAUGGGCUAAACCGUUGAAAUGGGGAUUGUUCCAUCAUCUUUCUACCCCGACAUACACAAAUGGACGUAUUGCACUGCUAGGAGAUGUCGCUCACGCUUCAACACCGCAUCAAGGCGCUGGCGCUGGUCAAUGCUUUGAGGAUGCGCUCGUUCUGUCUCAUUUGCUAGGACAAGUCAGAGACGUCCAAGAGAUGGAGUAUGCGUUUGGCAUUUAUGAUUCAAUAUGUCGGCCCCGGGCUCAAGAGAUUGUCCGAACAAGUGAUGAAACGGGCCGUCUGUAUACAAUGACGCACCCAGAGUGCGCAGACGAUUUGGUCAUAAUUUUGGACAACUUGAGUAAGAGGUUUCAGUGGAUUUGGACACAUGAUUUGCAAGCCGACCUGGCGAGAGCGAAUGAGCGCCUCAAAGAGUUGCGAGGUAGGUGA